AUGGUGACUUUAUCUCAAAACAGUACUACUAUUCGUCACUUGGGUCUCCCUCAGUCAAGAAGAGCCACGCUUCUUCUUGUUCUUUCGCUCUAUCUUCUUGGUCAUGCCACGUCGUCGUCGUCGUCGACGUUUAGCGACAAGCACAAUAGCGACCUACCUGAACAUGUUCCGGCCGUCGCUAACCGUACGAGCUUCCCGGCGGGCUUCCUCUUCGGGACGGCGUCAUCGGCUUACCAGUAUGAAGGCGCUGCAGCUGAAGGUGGUAAAGGGCCAAGCAUGUGGGAUGCUUACACUUCCAAAUACCCAGGUAAGAUAGCCGAUCGGAGCAACGGGGACGUGGCUAUUGAUGAGUACCAUCGGUACAAGGAAGAUGUUGCAAUCAUGAAGAACACGGGGUUAAAUGCUUAUAGAUUUUCUAUCUCAUGGCCUCGUAUUUUACCGAAUGGAACACUCAACGGAGGAGUGAAUAAAGAAGGGAUCACAUAUUACAACAACCUCAUUAAUGAACUUUUGGCUAACGGCAUAAAACCUUUUGUUACCCUCUUUCACUGGGACACUCCCCAAGCCCUUGAAGACGAAUAUGAGGGCUUCCUUAGCUAUAAAGUUGUAAAAGAUUUUGUUGGGUACGUCGAUGUUUGUUUCGAGCACUUUGGCGAUCGAGUUCAGCAUUGGGUUACAUUCAACGAGCCCAUAGCUUACAGUUCGUAUGCCUAUGGCAUGGGGAUGAUGGCGCCUGGCCGAUGUUCAGGAUGGAUGAACUUGAACUGCACCGGGGGAGACUCAGCCACUGAGCCAUACAUAGUUGCACACAACCUCCUCCUCGCUCAUGCAGCGACCGUAAAAUUGUACAGAGAGAAAUAUCAGGCAACACAAAAGGGUGAGAUGGGCAUUGCCCAUGUGUCGCAAUGGGGUAUUCCUCUCUCCGAUUCUAAGCAAGAUCACAAAGCUAUACAACGGGGAAUGGAUUUCAUGCUAGGAUGGUUUAUGGAUCCAUUGGCCACAGGAAACUAUCCACGAUCGAUGAGAGCUAUCGUGGGGAAACGAUUGCCCAAAUUCUCAAAGGAGGAAUCCAAGAUGUUGAAAGGCUCCUUUGAUUUUGUGGGGUUGAACUACUACACAACUUUCUAUGUUUCCAAUGCACCACCUUCUAACCCUCUGUUCUCAAGCUCAACGACUGAUUCUCGAACCAAUGCUUCACCUAUGAAGAAUGGUGUCCCCAUCGGCCCAAAGGUAUGUUUGCUCCAAUCAAUCGUUAACUUCUUCAUUAAAUGGAAGGAAAUUAGUAACGGUGGUUACAAUAACUCGAGGACUUGA